CUCUCUCUCGCUCUACACCUCUGCCAUCGCCUCACACGGACUGCACCACUGCAUCAGCUGGAGGGGGGCGCGAGGGCGCUUCAGCGCGGAUACAGCUAUUACAGACUUAGAUCUACACGAGACGUUUAAUACAGGUCCAACUCGCCUCCAGUCAUUUCCGGGUUGUCAGUCGGUGUGGACGUGCCUGAUAAUCGUGUGAUGAGACGCAGGAAAGAUCUGCAGUAAGUCAUGGAUCUGAGCUUGAGGUCAGCCGGUGGUCACAGCUCUGAAGCCCAGGGGUCAGAUUCAGGAGAGGAUCUGCACACUUCAGCUGCUCCUGGUGAUCUGGACGAGCAUGGGAAGAGUCUCUCAGCCCGAGCCAAGCCUUUCCGGUGCUCUCAGUGUGGGAAAGGGUUCUCCCGCAUCCAGCAUCUGUCCGAGCACGUGCGGAUUCACACGGGAGAGAGGCCUUUUGAGUGCGUGGUGUGUGGGAAGACCUUCACCCGCGAGAGAGACCUCAAGACUCAUCAGAUCGUCCACUCGGAUGCCAAGGCCUUUCACUGCGCCAUCUGUGUGAAAAACUUCGCCCUGUUGUCCUCCUUGAGGAGACAUCUGCGUGCAUUUCAUCAAGGUCAGGAUGUUAGUACAGAGGGUAAGUGUUUAAUUUGUGUUGAAUGUGGGAAGAAUUUCGCGUGCCAGCUGGAGGACCAUGAGCUGACACACACCGGAGAGAUUUCCCACCGCUGUCCCGACUGCGUCAGCAGCGUCACACAUCCGUCCAGCCUCGUGUCUCCCGAUCAGACCUUCUCCGACUCCGAGGACAUGGACCUUCUGGAUGCUCAAGACGGCGAGAGGUCUUGCAGUUUUGUGUCCUCUGAAGAUCUACACAAGCACUUACAAACCGCCGCACUUGAGGACGGCAGUGAACCUCUCUCUCUGGACCUAGCAGACGAUAUUGAAACUGAAGCUCCUAAUGAAAACAUUUCCCUAAGUCAUCACGAAGAGGCCGAGAGAGCUCCGUCUCCUUCAUCUGAGCUCUCUCACAACUCUGCUGAAAAGGGCACUGAAACGCUGAAUCCUCUUCUAGAGCUGAACAAGCCGCACCAGUGCAGUCACUGUGGGAAGAGGUUUCACAAGCAGGCGAAGCUCCGGAUCCAUCUGCGCGUUCACACCGGAGAGAAGCCCUUCCAGUGCUCCCAGUGCGGCAAGCACUUCAGCCAAGCGGUGAACCUCAGAAAACACCACCGUACUCACCACACCGAGGAGAGACCGUACCCCUGCACGCUCUGCGACCGCAGCUUCUCUCUCUCCUUCUCGCUGAUAAAGCACCAACGAGUCGCUCAUCCAGAACAUUUGAGUGUUGCUGAAAGGGAUCGCUUCACCUGUCCGUACUGUGGAAAAAUAUUCGGACGACAUCAAGACAUGGAGCAGCAUAAACGCAUUCACACCGGAGAGAGACCGUUCCGCUGCAGCGUGUGCAACAAAAGCUUCAGGCAGCGCUCCGUGUUGAUCGUGCAUCGGAAAAUUCACACCGGAGAGAAGCCUUUUGAAUGCUUCAUAUGCUUCCGCCGGUUUUACGGUUCAGGAGAUCUGAAGACGCACAUGGGAACUCACACUGGCGUGAGACCCCACAAUUGUCCUUUGUGCUCCAAAAGCUUCCCUCGGCCCAGCAGCCUGCAAGCACACAUGCAGUCCCAUCUGAACAAGCGUCAGGAAGAAGAUGCUGUGCGCGCCGGAGCUGAGGACGAGGACCAGGAGGAGCCGGAGGACGAGGAAGGAGCCUGCGCUGUUUCUGCUUCAUCACAGCUUUCUGAAGACCAAAUGAGCACGGGGGAGCGUCUAUCAGAGGCUGAGACCAGAUUCGGUUCAUCAGUGAAUCUUGACCUUGAUGCUGGUCAGGGCUCCAGUUCAGAGUGGACCGAUCAUCAGAAGCCGUACCGUUGUGUCAUAUGCAACAAAACCUUCUCUUUCGCAAUUUCCCUGAAAAGACAUCAACUUAUAUUUCACCCAGAUCAGCAUGUCGACAAAGAGGGGAAGUGUUUCCCCUGCUCUUAUUGCGGGAGGAAGUUCGGUCGACGCCAAGGCUUGUUACAGCACGAGCGAAUUCACACAGGUGAAAGGCCCUUCAACUGUCCCACCUGUAACAAAAGCUUUCGGCAGCGAUCGGCUCUAGUGGUACAUAUUAAAACGCACACAGGGGAGAGGUCGUUCCUGUGCUUUGUGUGCAGUAAAAGCUUUUACACCCCAGGAGACUUGAAGAAACAUCUGGAAAUCCACACAGGAGUGAGGCCACAUAACUGCCCUGUAUGCUUCAAGGGGUUUGGGCGUCCCAGUUUCCUCAGAGCUCAUAUGCGCAUACACGAGAAAGUUUCCACAAAGAAGCAAAAUGAAACCGAGAAACCUACAGCUGGACCGAAAGUCGACUCGCAGGAGAAGCCAUUUGAAUGCGCUCACUGUGGGAAGAGAUUCGGUCAGCAUUGUAUGUUGAAAAUUCACCAGCGGAUUCACACAGGAGAGAGACCUUACAAGUGCUCUCAGUGUGGCCUGAGUUUUCGCUGGAAGAGAAACCUGAUCGCCCACCAGAGCAGCCACCUGGGGGAGAACCCUCUCCAGUGUUCGAUAUGUGACGAAACAUUCGUGUCCGAAGCAAGUCUGAAAAAACAUCAAGAUGAGUUUCAUUCAGGGGUCUCGCACACAUGCAGUUUGUGUUUGAAGACAUUCACUCAAGCAGCUGGCCUCAGGAAACACGUGCGGUAUGUUCACGAAGGAGAGCGACCGCACAAAUGCUCCGAGUGCGGGAGAGGAUUCGUCAAACUCUCCGAUCUGGCGCGUCACCAGCGCCGCCAUCAUUACGACCGGGGCGGCGAACUCUUUCAGUGCUCGCAGUGUGAGCGAAGCUUCAGUCAUCCCAGCAGUCUGGUUCUGCACCGACGGACACACAACGAAGAAAAGCACGAGUGCCCUCAGUGCGAUAAGAUUUUCAGUCAGGCGGGACACCUGAAGGUUCACCUGCGCACUCACACCAAAGAGAAUAAACCCAAAUUCGAAUGCCCUGAAUGUGGGAAGAGUUUUGGCCAAGCUAAAGAUCUGGUGGUUCAUCAGAGGGUUCACACCGGAGAAAAGCCGUACCAGUGCCCUCAGUGCAAGAAGAGCUAUCGGCAGUUUGCGCAUUUGUCCGUUCAUCUGCGGAGUCACACGGGGGAGAAGCCCUAUCAGUGCCCCGUAUGUCUCAAAUUCUUCGCUCAUUCAUCAUCCAUGAAAAAACACCUGCGUGUAAUGCAUGCAGAGGGGAAAGAUUUACCCGUAUCGAAGGAAGUUGUGAAGGUCACUGUUGGCGUCGGCCCAUCUAACGCACCUGUCGAAGUUAAGCAAGAACCAGAGUCUGCUGAUGAAUACGGUGAGGGAGAAUGUAGCUACCAGCUUCUUCUUCAAAACCAAAGAAACGUGUCAUCGUAAAGAUGGCACAAACGUCAACGUAUUGCAAGAAAAGUCACCAUUUUCAGCCUUUAUAAUUGCAUACAAACAUGUUAUUGUUGUGCUUUUCGGGUACAAGAAUAUUCAUCUUGUAUUUAUGUCUAUAAACAGGACUGACACUAUUUUGCAUGAUCAAUAAAGUGUUCCUUUGCCCUUUGGAAAUAAAUGCUAUGAUCAUGCACCCACGAAUAUCCACUUUUCAGAAGUGUUUUGUGUAUUAUACAAAAUCCUGGUAACAGGGUUGAUUAUUUUUAAUGAUAAUGGAGAAUAUUUGUAUUGGGAGAUCACUUCCUGAAAGGAUUAAGCAGUUUUACAGGUUUUUGUGAUAAUAUUACAGUUUGGUAACAGGGGUGAGUAAUGAUGGUAACAGGGUUGAUGCAUAACUAUAACCAGUGACUGCUUUUUGUAUUCAACUUGUAUGUGACAAUUUGCACUCACAUUCACAAUAUGAAAAAAAUAAAAAGUUUAAUUGCAUGUGGAAACAUACAGAACACAUCAAAUUAAUUGCUUCUUGCAAUAUAACUACAGUGAUAUGUUUCUGCAGAAUGUCAAGUGAAAUCUGAAGAAAACUGCUUUGCUUUAAUGGAUGACGUGAAGGCGGUUACAGUCACUUCAGCUCCUUCCAGUCCAAUAUCAUCUGUUACUCUUAAAGAUGAAAAAUGAAUGUGGAUGGAAACGAGGGUUUGUCACCAACAGUCUGCUAAACAUCAGAGCGCACUGAAGAAACUGCAGCAUCAGCUAGUUCACUGAAGCUAAAAAACAUUUUUAAGUAGAAUUGAAUUCUCUACACUUACUCCAGAAGCUGGUCUUCAUCCAUGAAGACCCCAGCCUCCUUAAUCAGAAAGGACAAAGAAAAUCUGAUCAGCAAAAAUCCACACCAUUGCAUGGAGCAGCGAACCAGAAAACCUUUGCUUUGUGUGUUUGUUUUUUAAAGAAAACUGUACCUAUCGGUGCCCCAAUCAGAACUAUCCAUUAUGAAGGACUUUAUCUAUUCCAUAAUGGUCAAACAUGAACUUUGUUGCUGUCAUGCUGGCUAAAUGUUGCAGAAUGAACAACAGAAAGGACAUUGAUAUAGUAGAGGAUCCUUAUAUUAUGCUCCUGGAGGUCCACUGUCCUGCACACUUCAGUUCCAACCCGGAUCAAACUCACCUGCCUGUAAUUUUCAAGUACGUAUGCAUUGGAGUUUAACACUCUUGGAGGACAAUUGAAUAACCCUGAUAUAGUAGGAAAACUUCACGCUCCUGUAUAAUUGUUACAAACAGGCCCACACUGAAGUUGUGUGCUUACACGAUCCCUGCACUUUGCAUUUCCAUCAGUUAAGUGUUUAAGCUCCCUGCUGCAUUUUACGCUUUUGAAUCCAUUCCACAGUUUUUCUCCUUAAAGUGUGUAAAAUGUAGCCAUGCAAAUAUAAAUCCACCAAAUCAUUUCACUAAUAUCAUGUUGUUACUUCAACCACCAAAGUUUUUGUAAUCAUUUUUGUUCUUGUAUACAUGACAUUUCAUAAUGGAUGUUAAUUGAACGGCUUAAAUGUUUAGUCUGAAAAGGCUAUUAAAAAUAAUAAUAAUAAUAAAUAUCCCUAAAUUGUC